AGGCCCUUAACCAGUAUCAGGAGAAAGGCCUGGUCCAGUGGGUAUCUCGUAUAAGCGAUGCAGGCUGCCCUAUUACGGCAGAGGUGCUUAGGGAGUGGGCAGACUUGACACUGGCGCGUGGCGGCUCCGAUCAUCGCGUGGGAAAGAUGUGGGGGUAUCACUUUAUGGAGAGACUACCGGAGGACCUGAAACUGCGUCUAUUGAAGCAGGAGAUCAAGGAGAAGAAGCGAUUGGAAGCGGGGGAUGUUUGAUAUCUGCACCACUGUCGGCCAGGGAAAAACCGAGAAGGUUUUAAGCACUCGGAAGGCUCCAGAGAUUGCCGGAGAUGACCAUGGAGAGAAUAUCACCGCGAUUGAGUGUAUUGCCGCCGAUGGAUGGGUGAUGGAGCCAAUGUUUAUUUUUAAGGGCGCUAAGAAGAUGGAGUCGUGGUUUGACCGCUGGGAUAACCCUGACGAGAUGCCUGAUAUUUGGACUGCUGUUUCUCCGGCGGGAUAUAUCAGUGAUGAGAUCGCAGUUGAAUGGAUCAAGAGAUUCCACUUAGCAACGAGAGAUCGCGUGGGGAAGGGGGAAAAACGUGUGCUAAUUUUCGACGGCCAUGGUUCCCAUACAACAACCGAAUUUCUACAACUCUGCGAGGAGUACGAUAUCCGGCCUCUCUGUUUUCGGCCUCAUACAACUCAUCUUUGCCAGCCACUCGAUGGCAAGCCUUUUCUCGCUUAUAAGCACCAUUUCCGCACGCAGAAUAACCGGAUCUCGCAGUCGGGACGGAUCCCUAGCAAGGCGGAUUUCCUCCAAGAUAUCAUCCCCGUACGAAACAAGACCUUCAACCGGCGAAUUAUUCGCAAUUCUUUCAAAGAAUGUGGAAUCUUCUCUCCAGAUGGCUCUGCUAUUACUCAAAAGCCUCAGGAUGCAUUACCUCCAGUGCCAGACCACUCCGCCUCUCAAUCUCUCAUCUUCUAGUAUCGAAAACACCCCUCCGAAGAGUGCCCAAGACCUCGAAAAGAACCAGAAGAAGCUCUCCAAAAUAUUCUAAAAUACAGACAGAAAACCUUGCGAUGAUGAGCGAUACAGUCGAGCGAAUGAGGCAGUUCCAAAAGCCCCGGAAGCGCCAAAAGACCAGAUGAGA